AUGGCUACAUACCCUCGGCGCCCUGCCACGGCUUCGAAUCAACGGCACCAGGCAGGCAAGCCGCAGCUGCUAAGGGACUCAACGUACUCUGGUGGCCGGCGGAUCAAGUCGUCGUCCGCGCCGCCGACCGCAACAGGCAGCAGGGAUGCAAACGCGGGCGAGAGCACCGAUCACCAGGACGACUACGAGGUUCUGCCAACAGCUGGACUCGAGAUCAACUGCCCCAGCGAAACACAAGAACAACUCCAACCUUUGCAAAUGUACCCGCUCCGGCCCACGGUCGAGAAGGAAAGGACCCCGCUGUCGUACGCCGAUGUUGGGCAACGGACACUUCGAAGGAGAGUGACGUCGACUCCAACCGGCGACGGAAAUCAAGAAGACGACGAUCAAGAAGACAAUGGUCGGGUCGUCCGUUGCGAGGAGCCCAGGUUGGACCAAGGCACUACAGUAGUGGUGGGGCAGAAAGGGGCGUACACAGCCGAAAGCGAGCUGGUCACCAACCCGUUCUCCUCCACACCCCAGAAUGCGGCAGAUUAUCAUCCUGCAGACGGAGACUGUCAAUCAGCAGGUGGACAAGACCGAGGCGCGACGGUGGUACUCUCGUCCACCGUCAUUCUAAGUCCGCGAGGCAGAGCCAGAAACCCGACUCCCUCUACCGCCUUUGCUGCUGAAUGGAGAGCCACCAGUCAAGACAACGAAGUAGAUUGGGCAUUCAGCCUCUCCCCCAGACCGCAUACGGCCCAAGACAGCUACUUUGGUGGCGCCUCGUGGCACGAUCCUCCAACAGCUUACUCAUCGAAUGCCCGAUGCGAACAGCAUUGGGCGUCAUCAGACGCUAAAAGUGGACAGCACGGUACAAGCAAGGACCCUGCUGAACUCUUGGAAAUUUUAUGGGGGCAAGGAAGUGUCACUGCCGUCCACGGGAAACACGAACUAGCAAACGACAACCUGGCUCGCACACUGUUUGGAAACGACGAGUUCGCGGGAGACCGUGAAAUCGCCUGCUUCCUCGCUUCGGCGGCCGCGGCAGCAGAGGCGGAGGCGGCGUCAAGCGCAACAGCAUCUUCACUGGCAGCAGCCACAGCGAAAUUUCCCGCUCAAGAGACAGGGGGAGCGCACUCUUCACAGCGCCCACCUUUGCUGAUUCCUAAAGCAACGAUCUCACUUGUCGCGGUUCCCAUCCACGCGGACGACCCCUCCCGCCGGUACAAUCCGUAUCACCUACGGAUUGUGAGCCGGGAGGUAGACGGGGGUCUGGGAGCAGGACGGAGGGACGACUUGAAAGGCAUGCCCGACGAUGACGGAGAGACUUCUGGCAACUCGAGUAGCGAAGAUUCACUUGGAGAACGAUUACCACGAUGGAAAAAGGCAUCCUGCCCUCCUCAAGGCAAUCACCGGCGGGGAAGCGCGGAACAGCGGGGUUCUCCGGGACCAGCCUUGUGGGUGGAGGAAAAGCAAGGGCAGGACGACUGCAGAGAUAUCGAAAGGGCGUACAUUUGCUCGGACGGGGUCACGUACGUCAACGUUCAUGGCGAGACGACCUUUCAGUCGCUGAACCAAUGGAGCAAGGAAAAGGAGCGCUUUGAUACCUUGAGCCGGAUGAGAUUUGUACGCAGCUACCCCGCCUGGAAAUAUGUUCGAGCGAUCACAACGUUUGUCGGAAGGAAGCGGGUAAACCAGCUUAAGGAUGGUGUCGAGAGAGGUCUCAUUACCCUCGACGCUGUGUAUAGUUCUGCUAUCCAAGAGAUCGUGGUGCAGCUUGAACGGGUGCAGUCUUUAUGCUUCGUGACGGCCAAGAAGGGCGCGACGGCGGAAUACACGCUGGACGAGUUCUUCGAUGAGCAAGCCCGGAACACGGUGAAGUGCGAGCGCGAGGUCAUGGAUGUGUACGACAGGCAAGUGCCGCACAUCGUGGGAAUGAUGCCAUCGGUCCAUCGCCCGCGGGACCGUGGUUCUCCGAACAAGGAGUCUUCUAUCACCGGCCUACAGAGCGAUGACCAAGCUUCUUCUGUCGCCAUCGCCGCUCGCCGUCCAUCCCUUGAGCAAGUGCUGCUGUCUACCGUCAAUAAGGCCACUACUCGCAAAGCCGGCGGCGACAUCGACAACGACGAUGACGAACGCAGCGCCGUCGAACCGCCAACGUCGUGGUCCUUCGCCGCCCGCCAGAGGUACGAAUGCGCGCGAAUAGCCCGUGUCUUCCGCUUUGCUCGCCAAAGGAUACGACAAGAGCUUCGUGGGCUCGCUCUCGAUCACGGCGAGCGCUUGCUCGGCGCCGUGGCGAGGAGACUGGUGGCGGUGCCUGAGGAGAGGGGAACUGGAGCCGCCAACGCUGAUGGUAUCGUUCGUGGAAGAGCAGCAGCCGGGGAGCGAACACAACGGGAGCAGCCACGCGCGGGCCGUAGCGGCUUUGAUUCUCGAGGAAGGGAGGGAGGCCAACAAGCGGAAGGACCCCCAACGCAGCGGAGGCAACCCAGGCAACCUGGAGUUUGCGACCAGGAGCAAGGGGGGCGAGAAGGCGACGGCGACGAUGACGAUGGCGACGCCGACGUUGUCCGCCACUUGGUGGUCCGCAGGAGGAGAAACCUGAGGCACGAAGCCCGCCCGUGCGACUCGUGGAAUAAGCGGUGGGCGCUGGCCGUGGACGAAGGGGACAUGGCGGACCUGUCCACGCUCGCACUCGAAGCAUCCUUGCUAGAGGACGCUACCGGUGAUGGAUCGGAAGCCGGCGCGGAGGAGGGCGCGGACCUCGUCGUGAAGUGGCGGAAGGCAUUCCGGGAGGCCGUCACUUCGACAGGCGGAAAGCGAGAUUCUCUAGUUCCAAGCAGGUUUAGUGGCGAGCAGAAGGGUGUAACAGAGGACGUGUUCUUAUCGGCAGCGCUGAAGCUGAGCGCUGCAUGUCUUGGCGGUAUUGACGCUCAGCUUAGCGAGGUCUCUUCCGAUUUCUCCGAGGAGGAAGGCGGCGAGGGGGAGGGGUUGAUGGUGUCGGGACCAGCCGCGGACGAAAACAAGCAGUGCGAACACGCUCGGCCAAUCUAUGAGAACAAGGACCAUCGAAACCCGACCGUGCUGGACGCCAGUAUGUGGGACGCACAUUGUAAUACUGACUCGCUCUCAGGGGCGGGGGUGGCAGCCCAUCCUCCGCGCACAGGAACAUCGAUGAGACCAGAGCAUCUGUCUGAGAUUUACGGCAUCAGAACCGGCCCCUGCGGCGGGAUCAGUCUUAAGGUCGACAUCCGCGGAAACUUCGAGGAAUGGGACCUGCAAGUGUUCCCGCCUCUAGAAGACUUCGUGCGCCGCGCCAAACAAGCUCAAGUGCAGGUGCUGACCACUCUUGCGCGAGUCCCAUGCAUCCUAGAGCACCCCGAUGUAAAGCCGUACCAGACAAUGGUUGAAGGAUACGGACUGGGCUUCGAGCUACCGCAAGGCGGUGAUGAAGACAUUGCGUCGGAGAGAGAGAACACCUCUACAUCUUGGGAGGAUACAGGGGGGAGGAGUGUGGCGGAAACCACGGAGAGGAUGGAGCAGCUUGCUGAGGGACCCAUGGACGAGUGCGAUUGGCUGCAGAACCUUUCCGAAGACCCUUACUACCGUGGUUUGCAAGAUAAGGUGACAGCAGUGUUCUUGUCGCUCGCGUCCAGCCACAACUCAGUGUACCGCAUGGUGAACGGGUUUCGACCUCUACUGCAGGAGUUUCAGGGUACUUCUGAUCCCGAUGCGAUCGCGGCAGACGUGAUAGCCUCCGCAAAGAGAACAGGGAGCAGGGCGGGCAGUCUCGACCUCUCCCCGGUUUUGCUCGCCAAGCCCACUACGGAAUGGCUCCAUAGCUGGUACUCGAGGUUCGAACGUUUCCGGCAAACUGUUCGCGCCACCCAGAUCGACAGCCCGCAAGCACUGCUAUCGAUAAACGCGACGGACUUGAUAGCCUACCUCGUGGCUCUACCCGAGAAGUGCCUCGAGGAUGUUCGAUUGAUUGGGCCACGAUUAAUGCUAAAUGCUACGGCAAUUCUAGGAGCGGUCUUCCGCCGAUGCAACGCAAUACUGAGCGGUGGACUCCAAGGGGUGGAUGCCAUUGGCGAGAAGGCGGUGUUCUUGUGCCAGAUAGGGCAGUGGCUGUGGCAGUUGCGCGACGAGGUUCAGAAGCUCCAAGAGCUUGGAGUUUUGUUGAAAAAGAUUGGGUGCUUCGAUGCCUGGCCAUCACCCCGCUUGGCGGCUAAGACAGGCAGUGGACCUGUGCCCGCGAACGGCGACGGCUCAUCGAUGCCACGAUCGCCACCCUUGGUGGUGACCGCUCGCAAACCGGCAGGAAUAACGGCAUUUUCGCCAACGAAGACCUCGCGAGGGGAUGGAAACGGAAAAGAUGCAACGCCAACCAACGGUGUUGCCGGCAGCGAGCAGCAAACCGGCCCGCCGCCAGACGACGGUGGUAAGAACAAUGAUUCUCGGGGGCCUGCUGGAAAAACGUGUGGCUUCUUUGACGACAGGGGCGGGUACGAUUUCCGAGCGGUGGAGAACCAGACGCGAGAGGCGACGGAAAAUGUCGGCUUUCACCUGGUCGUUCUCCAGCGCUCGGUAGACCAGGCGCACAUCAACAUGCGCAUCGCGAGCCAGGAGUUUUCUUCUCUCCUGAGGAAGGUGUUGAGCUCGUCUGAAAGUGCAUUGGAGUCAUUGAGCCGCGACAUCGAUCGGUUAGAGGCAGAUAUUUUGGAUCCUGCUCUGUCGAACGCUUCCACGGAUCCCACGAAAGCCUGCUCGCGGUUGGAAGGGUACCGCCAACGGUUGGCCGAUUUACAGGAAGAUCAAUCUCGGUACCACCACUACAGCGGGUUCCUAGACAAAGACGUGGUCAGGACGCUUGCGAAAGGGGGAGCCAAGAACCAGUUUGAAGAGGAAAACAUGCGACUCGUCCUUGAACGGGUCGGCGCUGAGAGGAGACAGCUGGUUCUCAAGUGGGAAGCCCAGCGAACGGCCGUCCAUAUCCGGCAAGAGUGGGAAAGCUCCGCGCUCAUCUUCUGCGACGCCGAUGUCAUGGCUAGCCAGCUUUCCCGGGCUGUCCGCGCCCACGCUUUCGCCGUGGAAACCGCCCGGGGCGCAGACGAGGUUUCCGCUUCUUGCGAGGCGACCCUGGCGCACCUUGGCAGGGUGGUCGAGGCCGUUGGAUUUCUGCAUAACCGAGACCUGACCGCAGCGUACUGGGAGAGGGUGGAGCAGGCAAUGCCACUGAGAGAGGACCUCAAGAGGGCAGCCCGAAAAGAGUUCAUGCCCGCCCUCAGACAUGCCGCCGGCCUAGAAAAAGGACCACCGGCUGACAUCAACGACAACAACGGCGAAUCGUUCAACCAAGCGGAACCACCUUCAGCGGAAGUCGGCGAAAAUACCGCGUUCGAAAAAACGGAAGUGGUAGACUCUGUGGAUCCAGCAGCGACUGACCUUACCGAUUCGGUCACGGGACCAUCGUCUUCUGGCACCGCGAAAGUGUUUUCGUCAGUCGCAACGCGGGUGAUUCCCCCCAAAUUCGACGCCGGCGGCAAGCUAAGGGUCAGUAAGGCGGCCGCAGUCGUGUCCUCGGCGGCUGGGCGUGAGCGUCGAGGAGAUGCGCGACGGCGAGCAGAGGUUUACGAGGUGUUCCCGAUGGCAGCGGAGUGGGGGGGGUUGUCUUUGGCGACCUUGCUCAACCACGGGUUACUUGAGAAGAUUAAGUACCUAGAAUGUCCUGGGAAACCUUACGCACCCCGGCCCCUGGCUCGCAACACCAUCUCUUCCAUGACAUGCCCACCAACCGACCCACACCAGGAGCUAGAGAGCGUGUGGGAAGCAGCCCCGAUGAUUUUUCUGUGGCGUUUCAACGAGGGUGCCCCAGCCCCUGGAAUCACCAAGCAGUCUCCGACAGUGGACUCAGACUCUCUAAGGCGUCGUCGGCUGUACUCGCGGGUCUUAGCAGAGCCCGCCUUAGUCCAGCAAGGGUACAGCACUGGCACCAUAGCGGGGGGGGUGGGUGGCGGUGGCAGUGGAGGCGCCAGUGAUUUGCCAGCGAGCGAGGGAUUCACUUCACUGUUGUCGAACGGAGAUGAACUACUGCGCCUUGCGGAACACUGCCGGUUGGUGGUGGAUAGCAUUGUUGAUGCUCCUUCCCCGCUGCUGGCUGUGGGAAAUAUCGGACAAGCUGCUCUGGAGUGGCAAAAGAGGAUUUCUUGGUUUCAGGGAUAA